AUGGCCCUCAAAAGGGAGCUGGGAACUGACCAGUACAACUUCCGCAAGCACAACAACCGUAUCAACAAAGAAGUUAGGAGCAAUGUCAGCCGAGGAGCCCUGCUACAAGUCAGCGGGCGAGGGGCUUCCAGCACCUUUAGAAUUGCCAGGACCACCGGGACUGGGAAAAAGAGAAACUCGAAAGCCGGAAAGGCCUCAACGCUCAAGAAAACUCCUGGGAAGAAGACUAAGAAGAAAACUAGAGUGUCCACCAGUCGCAAGUUGGUGUCAAGUAAAAGGCAGAGGAAGUACCGAAGGCAAAUGGGUCCAUCUGACAAGAGAUCAGGUCGUGGAAAUCAACCUGUCAAAGAGCAAGAGAUUAGGCCCAGGUUAUAA